AUGCCUCUAUCUGAUGCGGAAACCAUGGAGCUGAACUGCAGUGAAGUACCUCUGUAUGGGCAGAUGACAGUCUGCGCGAAGUUUGGCAAAAAUGUUUAUCUUCCUAAAGAUGCUGAGUUUUACUUUAUUUAUAAUGGAUCUCAUCAGAGACACAUCGUGAUUGCAGAGCGCACAGAGGAUAAUGUUCUCCAGUCCAGCGUUCCAGGCCAUGGGCUGCAGGAGACGGUGACCGUGUCUGUAUGCCUCUGCUCGGAAGGUUACUCCCCGGUGACCAUGGGCUCUGACUCCGUGACCUAUGUGGACAAUAUGGCCUGCAGGCUGGCCCGCCUGCUAGUCACCCAGGCUGAUCGCCUCACCGCCAGUAGCCACCACACCUUGCUGACCCCGUUUGCCCUGACGGCGGGGGCAUUGCCUGCUCUGGACGAGGAGCUCGUGCUGGCCCUGACUCAUCUGGAGUUGCCGCUGGGGUGGACCGUCUUGGGGAAUUCUUCACUUGAAGUUUCCCUGCAUAGGGAGUCUCUUCUGCACCUGGCUGUGAGAUGGGGCCUCACUAAGCUUUCCCAGCUCCUCCUGUGUCUCCCUGGGGGAGUCCAGGCCCUGACUUUGCCCAACGAGGAGGGUGCCACACCAUUAGACUUAGCUUUACGUGGUGGACACUCCAAGCUGGUUGAAGACAUCACAAACUUCCAGGGCAGAUGUUCCCCAGGUUUCUCCCGCCUGCAGCUCAGUGAAGAUGCCUCUCUGCGGUAUAUUCACUCAUCAGAAACCCUGACCCUGACGCUUAACCACACAGCCGAACAUUUGCUGGAGGCAGAUAUUAAACUCUUCAGAAAAUACUUUUGGGAUAGAGCCUUUCUCAUCAAGGCUCUUGAAGAGCAAGAAACCACGUCAGCGGAGAAACCAGAUAUGCCCUCCAGUGCUGCAGAAACUGAAGAAGAGAUUAAGAAUUCGGGGUGCAGCAGAUCAUCACCUAGGAAGGAGGAUGUAAAGCGUGUGAAAAGCCCGGUGGUUCCACUGAAUGAACAUGAGGACCAGGACAGGCUAGAUUUGGAUCGUUCCUUUGAUGCCCUCAAAAAAUCCAAGCAUCCCCCAACGUUUCUUGCAGCUGGUCAGCUCUCUGACAUGCUGAAUGGUGGUGAUGAAGUCUAUGCUAACUGCAUGGUGAUAGAUCAGGUUGGUGAUUUGGACAUUAACUAUAUUAAUAUAGAGGGAAUCCCUGCAAAUACCUGUCUUGAAUCUAUGGGUUCUUCUUUGGGGCCUGAGAGCAGCAAACCCAUCCUUCCUACUGAAGCCAGUGCUGGCACAUACCCUCCAAAUAAGAACACAGAAGUGACAUCACACACAGAAGCCCAAGCGUCUUUCAUAUCAUCAUCUAGUUCAUAUGCUUCCAAUUUGAAUCUUUCUUUUGGUCUUCGUGGAUUUGAAAAGGAGCAAAGUCGUCUAAAGAAAAGAAGUUCCAGCCUUGAUGCCCUGGAUGCUGACAGUGAAGGAGAGGGCCAUUCGGAGCAGUUGCACAGUUGCUGCGCUCCAGCGUGUCAGAGUUCCUCGAGAGCUGGCAUUACUAGUGGGGAUGAAUUGGACUCUUUUGAGACCAACACUGAACCAGAUUUUAAUAUCUCCAGGACGGAAUCAUUUUCUUUAUCAAGUAACCUGCAGCUGAAGGAAUCAUUGUUUUCUGGAAUCCGUUCACGUUCGUAUUCCUGCUCAUCACCCAAAAUUUCUUUAGGAAAAACUCGAUUGAUCCGUGAUUUUACAGUGUGUAAUUCAGUUGAAGAGCAAAGAGCUUACAGCUUGCCGGAGCCACCAAGAGAAAAAAGAAUUCAGGAAGAAGAAUGGGAUAAAUACAUCAUACCUGCCAAAUCAGAAUCUGAAAAAUACAAAGUGAGCCGAACUUUUAGCUUCCUCAUGAACAGGAUGACCAGUCCUCGGAAUAAAUCGAAGACAAAAGGCAAGGAUGCCAAAGACAAAGAGAAACUGACUCGACAUCAGUUUGUCCCUGGAACUUUCUCUGGGGUUCUGCAGUGCUUGGUUUGUGAUAAAACGCUCCUGGGGAAAGAGUCAUUCCAGUGUUCCAACUGUAAUGGAAAUGUACAUAAAGUCUGUAAAGAUGCUGCCCCUCCGUGUACCAAGAAAUUCCAAGAGAAAUAUAAUAAGAACAAACCACAGACCAUCCUUGGAAAUUCUUCGUUUCGAGACGUCCCACCGCCUGGGCUCUCCUUGCACCCUUCCUCCUCCAUGCCUAUCGGCUUGCCAACGGGGAGGAAGGAAGUGGCCGGGCAAGUGCAUCCCUUGUCCAGAAGCGUCCCGGGCCCCACCGUGGAAAGCUUCAGGAGGCCGGGGGCAUCCUUGGACUCCGAGAAUGACGGCAGCGCCUGGAGAAGCAGGUCUCACUCUGACGAGCUGUUCCAGCCCAUGGGCUCAUCCCCCUCCACGGACUCCUUCUUAACGGAAGAUGUCGUGGAUUCAUGUCUGUGGAGUGACCUCAGCAGUGAUGCCCAGGAGUUUGAAGCGGAAUCUUGGAGUCUGGUGGUGGACCCUUCAUUUUGUAGUCGGCAGGAGAAGGAUGUCAUCCAAAGACAGGAUGUCAUUUUUGAGCUAAUGCAGACAGAAAUGCAUCACAUCCAGACCCUUUUCAUCAUGUCUGAGAUCUUCAGGAAAGGGAUGAAAGAGGAGCUGCAGCUGGACCACAGCACUGUGGACAAAAUCUUCCCCUGUUUAGAUGAGUUACUUGAAAUCCACAAGCAUUUCUUCUAUAGUAUGAAGGAGCGAAGGCAGGAAUCCUGUGUUGGCAAUGACAGGAAUUUCAUCAUCAACCGAAUUGGAGAUAUUCUAGUACAACAGUUUUCAGAGGAAAAUGCAAAUAAAAUGAAGAAAAUAUAUGGGGAAUUCUGUAGCCAUCACAAAGAGGCUGUUAGCCUCUUUAAAGAACUCCAGCAGAAUAAAAAGUUUCAGAAUUUUAUUAAGCUCCGAAAUAGUAAUCUUUUGGCUCGACGCCGAGGAAUUCCAGAAUGCAUUCUGCUGGUCACUCAGCGCAUCACAAAAUACCCUGUUUUGGUGGAAAGGAUAUUGCAGUACACAAAGGAGAGCACUGAAGAACAGAAAGACUUAUGCAAAGCUCUUUGCUUAAUUAAAGACAUGAUUGCAGCUGUGGAUUUAAAAGUCAGUGAAUACGAGAAAAAACAAAAAUGGCUUGAGAUCCUAAAUAAGAUUGAAAACAAAACGUACACUAAGCUCAAAAAUGGCCAUGUGUUUAGGAAACAGGCACUGAUGAGUAAAGAGAGGACCCUGUUAUACGACGGCCUUGUCUACUGGAAAACUGCUACAGGUCGUUUCAAAGAUAUCCUAGCUCUACUUCUAACUGAUGUGCUGCUCUUUUUACAAGAAAAAGACCAGAAAUACAUCUUUGCAGCUGUUGAUCAGAAGCCAUCAGUUAUUUCCCUUCAGAAGCUCAUUGCUAGGGAAGUUGCAAAUGAGGAGAGAGGAAUGUUUUUGAUCAGCGCUUCAUCUGCUGGUCCUGAGAUGUAUGAAAUCCAUACCAACUCCAAGGAGGAAAGAAAUACCUGGAUGAGACGGAUCCAACAGGCAGUAGAAAGUUGCCCAGAAGAAGAAGGGGGAAGGACAAGUGAGUCUGAUGAAGAGAGGAAGAAAGCUGAAGCCAGAGCAGCGAAGAUUCAGCAAUGUCAAGAAAUACUCAGUAACCAAGAUCAACAAAUUUGCACAUAUUUGGAAGAGAAGCUGCAUAUCUAUGCGAAACUUGGAGAACUGAGUGGAUAUGAGGAUGUCCAUCUAGAGCCCCACCUCCUCAUUAAACCAGACCCUGGAGAGCCUCCCCAGGCAGCCUCAUUACUGGCUGCAGCACUGAAAGAGGCUGAGAGUCUGCAAGUGGCAGUGAAGGCUUCCCAGAUGAGCGAUGCGUGUCAGUCUGCUGAGGAAGGCUGUGGAGAACCUGCCCUGCCGGACGUGCUCACCUCUCAGGACGCACCAGGACCAUCUACUGCUUCACUAGUCACAGAAGGGACAGGAGGAAGAGGCUGUUGGGAUGUGGAUGCCGGGACCCAGGGUGUGGGAACCGACCUGGCGGUUUCUGAUGCGGGGGAGAAGGUGGAAUGUAGAAGUUUCCCAGGUUCUUUGCAAUCAGAGAUUAUACAAGCGAUACAGAAUUUAACUCGUCUCUUAUAUAGCCUUCAGGCCGCCUUGACCAUUCAGGAUAGCCACAUUGAGAUCCACAGGCUGGUUCUCCGGCAGCGGGAGAGCCUGGCCCCGGGCCCCGCGUUCCGAGGCAGCCCCUUUCAGGACCAGGAGAAGUCCCGCAGCCUGGAGAAGCAGCGGGAGGAGCUGGCCGACACCCACAAGCUGCAGCUCCAGUUCCAGCAAGACCAGCAGCGCUGGCUCCGCAGGUGCGACCUGCAGCAGCGCGAGCAGGAGGCCCGGGCCAGCCGGCUGCAGGAGCGCGAGAGGGAGUGCCGGGCGCAGGAGGAGCUGCUGCUGGGGAGCCGCGGCGAGCUGGACCAGCAGCUCCGGGACUACCAGCAGAGCCUGGAGCGGCUGCGCGAGGGCCAGCGCCUGGUGGAGAGGGAGCGCGAGAGGAUGCGGGCCCAGCAGAGCCUGCUGCGCCGCUGGAAGCAUGGCCGGCAGAGCAGCCUUCCCGCCGCGUUUUCUCCAGGAACCCUGGAGGUAAUGGAACUUAAUCGAUCUGAGACUUUAUGUCACGAAAAUUCAUUCUUCAUCAAUGAAGCCUUAGUGCAAAUGUCACUUAACCCUUUGAACAAAGCGACGCCACCAGAUUUCCAUCAGGAUGCCACUUAUCCCCCAGGCAUAUCUCAUUCUGAUUUGGUAAGGACUAGUGAAAAUCAAGUAGACCUCAAGAUGGACGUUUCUCAACCCUCAGAUGUCAACCAUGAACUGUGGAUAGCGGCUGGGGCCUGUCAUCAGAUACCCCCUCUCCACCAAAGCAGCAAGGAUUCUUGUAAAAAUGAUUUGAACGUCUCUCAGACUGCAUACCCACCCCUCCACGACGCAAAUUCACAUGGCCCUCGGCUGCAGACGUUUAUAGCAGAAGAAAAGCUAAGUCUACAGACAGUGACCAGACAAGACGGGGAAACUGGAAAUGGAGCAGAAGAAAACAUUGUUUACCUCUAA